CACCACAAGUUUGCCAAUAUUCUCUCCUUGCUCACUUUCAUACUCACAAUAUAAUUAAAUCUUAUUUCACUCAAAAAAAAAAAAAUAUUACAACACAAGAUAAAUAAGAUGAAAAAUAUAUUAAAAUUUAAAAAUAAAUUAUCUAUAUUAAAUAAUAUAAAAAAUUCAAAUGACAAAUAAAAGCUAAAUCUAUUUUAUUACAUAUAAUAAAAUAAUAAAAAAACAGUGACGUAGAUAUUGAGCUAGUACAUGAAAAAAAAAAAAAAAAAAAUAUCAGCAGCUGCUAGAUUUUGUGUUUUGACAAAUAGAUUUAAAGAGAAAGAAAAAAACAAUUAAUUUUAAAUUAAAGAAGAAAAAUAAAACAGCAUCAAUAUCAUUGACCCAGUUAAUAAAAAACAAUAUGAAAUGUUGUUGUUAAAUAAUAAAUAAUAAAUGAGAUAACUUGAUUUGCAUUUGUGGUGGCAGUAAUAACAGCUAAAUAAAUAAAUUUAAUUCACAAAUAAAAAAACAAUGCCUUUACCAAGUAUAUUAAAGAAAGCAAGUAGCUAUAUUCUUGGUGAUUGUGCUAAUGACAAUCGAAAAACUCAAUAUCACGAUGGUGAAACAUUAUUUUGUAAAAAUAAUGUUUGUGUACAUCCACCAAGUUUAAUAAGACAACACUGUGAUGUUAUUCAUCAUCCAGGAUACAUGACAAUAACAUGUAGACUUGAAAAAUCAACAAAUCAACCAAAUUUACAUUUAAGCUGGAUACCAAAUACAACACUACACAAACAUCCAACAACACUUGAAAAUAAUUUAUUAUUUAAAAAAUCAUGUAAUGUAAAUGCAGAUGAUACUGAUAAUCAUAAUCAUAAUCAAAAAGAUAAAAUAUUUAUUGAAGAAGGUAAAAAUGAUAAUGAUGAACGUAUUGAUGUUUGUCUUGAAGUCAAAGAACCAGUUAAUUGGCAAGAUUGUGAAAAAAUAUGUUCAAGUUCACGUGAAUUAUUUAUAAAUGACGAUGAUGAUGAUAAUGAUAAUGUAAAAAUUAAAAAAUUAAAUGAUGAUAAAGAUAAAAAAUUAGUGAUAAAUAGCAAUGAUGAUCAAGGUAUUAUGAUUAAUAUGAAUAGAUUAAGAUCAGAAUCAAUUGAUUCAUCAAAAAGUGCAAUUAUAACUGAUAAUGAAAUAAUAAAUUUACAAAAAACACGUAGUCUGUCAGUGUCAUCAUGUAGUCCAUCAAUUGGUGAUCCAGAUUUUCCAUCAUGGAUGAAAUCACCUGAAUUAUUAGCAUUACAACAUAAUUUAACAUUUCCUGAAAGUACAACAGCAUCACCAGUUACAAUAAGACGUACAAAUCAUCGUUGUCGUAGAUUUUCAGUUGAUCUUGGAUCAAUGAAAUCAGUUAGAUUAUUUUUUAGUGAUACAGAUUGUACAAGUGGACAACUUGUCAUAGCAAGUCCAGAAAGUCAAUAUAAAAUAUUUCAUUUACAUUUUGGUGGUCUUGAUAAAUUAGCAUCAAUUUUACAUCAAUGGCAUCAGCUAUUAUUUCCACGACAAAUUAAUAAUAUUGAUAAUACAGAUAAUACAAGUUUACCAUAUCGUCAUUUUAUGGUAUGUCGUCCAGAAAUAUCAAGAAAUGAAUUACAUCCAGAAGAGGGACAAGUACCAAUGAUAACAUCAUUACUAUGGAAAGAUUUAUUAAAUGAAAAAGGACAAAUUGAAGAUGAUUUAACACUGAGAAAAGGUAUAUUUUUUAGUGGUUGUGAUCCAAGUUUGAGAAAAUUAAUUUGGCCAUUUUUGCUACAUUGUUAUUCAUAUCAAAGUACAUAUGAUGAUCGUCAACAAAUUGAUAAAAUACGUUAUCAAGAAUAUCAAGAAAUACAACAACAAAGAAUCAACAUGAAUCCAGAAGAUAAAGAAUAUUUUUGGCGUCAUGUUGUUUGUAUUGUUGAAAAAGAUGUUGUUAGAACUGAUCGUGCAAAUCCAUAUUAUGCUGGUGAUAAUAAUCCAAAUAUAAAUAUUAUGAAAAAUAUAUUGUUAAAUUAUGCUGUAUAUAAUUCACGUAUUGGUUAUUCACAAGGUAUGUCUGAUUUGUUGUCACCAUUAUUGGCUGAGUUGAAUUGUGAAAUUGAUGCAUUUUGGUGUUUUGCUGGUUUAAUGCAACGUUCAAUAACAGUAUGUACACCAACAGACACUGAUAUGGAUAGAAAUUUAUGUUAUUUACGUGAAUUAAUAAAAAUAAUGAUACCAAACUUUUAUCAACAUCUUGAUAAUCAUACUGAUGCAUUGGAGUUAUUAUUUUGUCAUCGUUGGAUAUUGCUGUGUUUAAAAAGAGAAUUUCCAACAGAUAUUGCAUUGGCAAUGUGGCAAUCAUGUUGGGUUAAUUAUUUAACUGAUUAUUUUCAUUUAUUUUUGUGUUUAUCAAUAAUGUGUAUUUAUGCUGAUGAUGUUAUUGCACAAAAUUUAAGAACAGAUGAAAUGUUAUUGCAUUUUAGUUCAUUGGCAAUGUAUAUGGAUGGUAAUGUUGUGUUGAGAAAGGCACGAGGUUUGCUGUAUCAAUUUCGUCAACUUGAUAGAUUACCAUGUACACUUGCUGGUCUUUGUCGUCAGUGUGGUCCUGGUAUGUGGGACAGUAGUCAUAAUCCAGUCAUUGAAUGCCAUGGACAUGAACAAUUGACUUGUCCAAAUGCUGAGAAUUAUAAUAAUUUAAAAUAUUAAAUAAUUUCAUUCACAUCAUCAUCAUCUUCAUGUUGCUUUUUUUAUUUUUUAAACACAUUCAUUUAUUAUCAAUUGCCAUUUUUAAUAUCUAUAGAUAAAUACACCAAAAGACUGAUGACAAUUUUUACCAAUUACAACAAAAAAAAAAAAAAAAAAAAAAGAAGCACACAUCAAUCAAUCAAGUUUCAUUUUUAUUAAUUUGUUUUGUUUAUCCACGUGCACGUGAUUAGUCAAUUUUUUCAUUAAAUAAUACCUAAUUGUUCUUAAAUUAAUAUUGUAAACUUGAAUUAUAUAUGUUUGUUGGGGUAUUAAAUAUGCUCAAUGAUUUAAAGAAAAAAAAAAAAUUAUAUUGUACUUAUCUUUGGCACUAGUCUCUAAAGAAUAUGAAAGUCUAUUUAGAAAUUUAAGUAUAUAAAUUAUUUCACCUUUUGUUUCGAUAUGUAAAUUAAUAAAUAAAAUAUAUUUAAAAAAUCAUUUAUUGUUGUUUAUUAUUUAACGACAAACUCUGCAUCUUUCUGUUGACAAUUAAAAUUUUCAAAAGCGAAUUAGAAAAACAACAACAACAAUUUCUUCAUCGAAAAAAAUAAAUCAAACAGCAAGAAUGUCAUCACCACAACCAAGUGCUGCGAAAAGCAGUAAAAUAAAAUUUAAAAAUUAAUUAAUUUUAAAUAUUAUGGUUUUUAAAUAAACAAGACAAUUUAAUUUUCUUUUUUUUUUUUUUUUUUUAAUUUCAUUUUCACAAUGUUUCCGUUCAGUCGGGGUGUCAUACAAUGUCUAGAUAAAAAAUGACAUGUUGGUAAUUUCUAGUGUAUAUUAUCAUUAUUUAUUUUAUUAUAAAAAAAAAAAAGAAAAAAUUUUUUCAUAAUGGUAUUGAAUAUUA